ACGAUCAAUCAUUGGGUGCUGGGUGACAACAACCGGUGGGGUUGUAGCAAACAUUUUCUUGAUCUGUAAAGUAGAUAGGUAUAAGGAUGGUUUUCAACACAUACAGCAACCUGUUCUCUGCGACUAGCAUUACUUCUAUGUCGCCGGGUACUAACGGAAGAGCUUAUCCUGUUCUGCUAUGUUCAUGGCAUCUUCCCAGCAUUCACUAUCCGGCCAGCCUUUUAGUUGUACGCAGUACUGUUCUUGCAAACCCUGGCGAAAUAUGCUUGUUCUGUGGGCAUAGACAAGUUCAAAUCCGGAAUGUUCAGUAUGCCCGUGAUCCUGGCUGCCUGGUUCGAAACUUUGUGUACUCACUCUCAACCCCGCGCGCUAAGGCGUUUGGAAUGGCCCGUGGACCUAAAAGGCCGGCCUAUCAUUAUGGGCCGACCUUUGGUCCCGUUUUUUUCGUUCUCUGUAGCUUGUAUUCGGCAGAGAGCUGUACGGCUUUAUGGCUUUACGGCAUUAUCUCUGGAAAGGUUCAGUGGACGGUUCGGCUGGCAUGAAGAAAAUUGUAGUCAAGUGGUACGAUGCGGUGGCCGAAAUCAUUCAUUGCAGUGCAAAUGCCAAUAUAUAUGUAGUUGCCUGCUACAUAGCUACAUCCAGUUUUA